UUUUUUUUUCCCCUUCUCUUCCCAAUACUUUUUUUUUUAUUUCCUAUUCAAUUUGCAACAAUGACUAUUACCCUUCUAUCUAGUCCACCAGAUCUAUCUAAUUUGACCAUUCGACAUACUCAAAAUGAUAUAGGACUCGACGUAUCACCUUCUUUGGCUGGUUCUAACGGUACUAUUCAAGGCAAACUUUAUGUGUGUGAAAGCUUGUUAUAUUUUUAUUCUGAAUCUUCCAAUGCUGGUAUAGCUGUUGAAUAUCCUGAUAUCAUUAUUCAUGCUAUUUCUCGUCAAAGUGGUGAACCAUCCAUUUACUGUCAACUCAAUGCUGGAUUAUUCUUUCCAAAUCAACAAUUACCUGAAGAUGAAGAUCACGAAGAUAUUGUUACUGAAUUAACUUUUACGCCAAGAGAUACAAAUUCUUUGGAAGAUAUCUAUAUGGCUUUAUCAGAUUGUGCAGCUUUACAUCCUGACGAAGAAUUCAUGGCGGAACAAGCAGCUUUGGAACAAGAAAAUGAUGAAACUUUCUAUGCUAAUCCAAGCGACGAAACCGAAUUGAAUGAAGUACAACAGGCAGCACUACGACACUUGGAAUCCGUCUUCGAUUCAGCACCUACUCAGAAUGGUAACAAUCAUUCUGACGAAAGAAAUCACCAAUUUGAUGAUGCCAUGGAUGACAACUAAUCCAGAUAGAUUAUAUAUGUAACCUGUUGGAUCAUAUUAGUUGUUAGUUUAGUUUCCUUUUUUUUUUGUAGAUAGUUUUUGCUGUACAAUUUGUAUUUGGGGUUAUGCGUACG